AUCUAUGUUUCGCCACCUCUAUUCUCCACCUCUACCGCAUUAGCGUUUCGUGAGAAAAAGUGCACAAAAACCGCUGUUUUCCCGUGCAGUUAGUCAAGCUGAUUGGUGAAAACUUGUGGCGCGAACUGCGACGCAAAAAACCAGGCAUCCAGAGGAGCAACUGAAGCUUGAAAUCGAAGGAAAUGUCCAACUCGGAAAAGAUGCAGGGCCAGGAGCACGACGAGGAGCAGUCCUCCGACUUAGAGGAGUCUGCCGAUAAUGUGGCCCAUGAUGAGGGCACGGACGAGGACGAGGACGACAACGGCAACAUGCAGCAGGAGGAUGAAGAUGGAGAUGGGGAUGAGGAUGGUGAUGGCGAUGGCGAUGGUGAUGGUGAUGGCGAUGGGGACAACGAUGGCGACGGCCAGGAGCAGUCCGGCGACGAGGAGCAGAACAACGGCCAGGGCAACGAGGGCAACAACUGCUCCGGGCAGCAGCAGCAGCUCCAGCAGCAAAUCGACCGCACCAGCGCCACCAACCUGAUCAUCAACUACUUGCCGCAGGACAUGACCGACCGCGAGCUGUACAACCUCUUCAGCGGCUGCGGUCCUAUCAACACAUGCAAGAUAAUGCGCGACUUCAAGACCGGAUAUAGCUUCGGCUACGGCUUCGUCGACUACAAAACGGAGUCGGACUCGGAGGACGCCAUCCAGAAGUUGAACGGCUUCUAUGUGCGCAACAAGCGUUUAAAGGUCUCCUAUGCCCGACCUGGUGGGCAGUCCAUCAAGGAUACCAACCUGUACGUGAUCAACCUGUCGCGGAACAUCAACGACGACAUGCUUGACCGCAUCUUCUCGCCCUUCGGCCUGAUUGUACAGCGCAACAUCCUGCGGGACAAGCUCACCGGACGUCCGCGCGGCGUCGCUUUUGUACGCUACAACAAGCGCGAGGAAGCUCAGGAGGCGAUCAAGGCCCUUAACAACACGGUGCCGGAGGGCGGAUCCCAGCCAAUCUGGGUGCGCCUCGCCGAGGAGCACGGCAAGGCCAAGGCGGCCCAAUUUAUGUCCCAGAUCGGAGGUGGCAACGGUGGUGGUGGUGGAGGCGGUGGUCCGCCGCAUAUGGGUCCCAAUGGGCCGAUGCAGCCCCCGCAUCACCACAAUAACCACCAUCACAACAACCACCAUAAUCCGCAUAUGCCGCCGCAUCACCAUCAGCCUCAACAUCCCCACCAGCAUCCGCAUCACCAUCCGCCGCUGCACCAUAUGCAGCACCACCAUCCCAACAAUCACCACAAUAACCAUCAUAACAACAACAACAACAACAACCACCACAACAUGGGUGGUCCGCAUCCGCACCACAUGCAGCAGAUGCAUCCGAUGGGCAUGAACAUGGGCAUGGGCGUGAACAUGGGAAUGGGCAUGGGCAUGGGCAUGCCCAUCCACGGAGGCGGCGGUGGCGGCGGCGGCGGUGGAGGCGGUGGUGGUGGCUUCCACCACAUGGCGCACAGAGGUGAAGUGUUCAUGCUGCCAUUGCCGAUUUGCAGCCGAUUCCCCAGCCAGCCGCAACCUAUAGGCAAUGGCACUUGCCACAGCUCCAGCAAGAACAAGAAGCAGAACAACUGCAGCAGCAGAUUCAGUACGAACCACCGCUCGUAA